GCCACGUCCCCCUCUAUCCCCGCUUUUAUACCAGCUCACCACCCAUUUUCUCUCUCCUAUAUAAAUAAUCUCCCCAACCCCUAUCCUUAAACCCAAUCGCCGAUUCUCCGAUCUACAGCCUUUAUUGAUUGAAUUUUGAAUAGAAAUGGCUCGUACUAAGCAAACCGCUCGUAAAUCUACCGGUGGUAAAGCGCCCAGGAAGCAGCUUGCUACUAAGGCUGCAAGGAAAUCAGCCCCAACUACUGGAGGAGUCAAGAAACCCCAUCGUUACCGCCCUGGAACUGUUGCUCUUCGUGAAAUCCGCAAAUACCAGAAGAGCACUGAGCUUUUGAUCCGCAAACUCCCUUUCCAGCGUCUUGUUCGUGAAAUUGCCCAAGAUUUCAAGACUGAUCUGAGGUUCCAGAGCCACGCAGUAUUGGCACUUCAGGAGGCUGCAGAAGCAUACCUUGUGGGUCUCUUUGAAGACACCAACUUGUGCGCCAUUCACGCUAAGAGGGUGACCAUCAUGCCUAAGGACAUUCAAUUGGCACGUCGUAUUCGUGGUGAGCGUGCUUGAGAAUAUUGAAGAUUGGAGUAGAGCAGUAUUUAGAAGGGUUUUUAUUAUUAUCAAGUGUUUGAGAUACAUUAAUAUUUUGUAGAUUUGGUGUUGUUGGUGGUGUAUAUACCUCUAGACCAACUGGAAAAUGUUUUGAAAAUUGGAAUACAUUGCAUACUUUUGAUGUUUAGAGAUUGUAUUACUGUUUAUGAUAUUUUAGUUGUUUCUGAAA